AAAAGUGGAUUAAAAUUCUAACAACGUAUUCAUUUGAGCAACAACAACAACAUCAAAGCAGCAAAAAUGUAUGGCUUUGUUAACUACGCAUUGGAGUUGCUGGUACUAAAACAUUUCGGCGAAGAAAUAUGGGAGAAAAUCAAAAAAAAGGCCAUGGUCAGCAUGGAAGGACAAUUUCUGGUGCGACAAAUUUACGAUGACGAAAUAACAUAUAAUCUAAUUGGAGCAGCUGUUGAGAUACUCAACAUACCUGCCGAUGAUAUACUGGAGCUGUUUGGUAAGACAUUCUUUGAGUUCUGUCAGGAUUCGGGCUAUGAUAAAAUACUUCAGGUGUUGGGUGCAACGCCCCGUGACUUUCUGCAGAAUCUGGAUGCGUUACACGACCAUCUGGGCACCCUGUAUCCUGGCAUGCGGGCACCCUCGUUUCGUUGCACAGAGAAAGAUGGAGAAUUGUUGCUGCAUUACUACUCAGAACGGCCUGGACUGGAGCACAUUGUUAUCGGCAUAGUCAAGGCCGUUGCAUCGAAAUUGCAUGGAGUCGAGGUGGAAAUCGACAUUGUGAAGCGUAAAGGUGAGCCCAUCGAUGAGGCUGAAAAGCAACGGGCUCUGGCACGAGAACAACAGGAGCUGGACGAAGAAACGACAGCUGUGGGUUUGGAUGCAUGUCCUGCAUCAGUUUUACCUUCGGCGUCCACAUCCACAACUGCAACUGCCUCGGUAAAUGCUGAGCAGAACAAUAAUCACAAUGCGAGCAACAACAAUGGCAUUGGCAACAACAAUGUCAACAAUAACAACAACAACGAUGGUCAGCAGAUUGCCACCGAGCAAUUGCCGGACACAUCGAAGGCCACGCCCAUGCCCACGCCCAUUGGGCCGCUUGUACAGGACAGCUUUGACUGCGAUGGCGACAAGGAGCAAAAGUGUCUGCGACUGCUGAAAAACAAAAGCGAUGACAUCGAGCGCUAUGACCAUGUGCAGUUUCUGAUACGUGAAAUCAAUGUGGCUGCCAAAUCGCAGCUGGAUGUGAAGAGGGACGAGCAAGCGGCGGCCAACGAUGAUAUGGAGUUUCUAUGCGAAGCGCCUCUCAUUUCGCCAGCCACAUUCUGCAAGGUGUUUCCCUUCCAUUUAAUGUUCGAUAGACAAAUGAAAGUCGUACAGGCUGGCAAGGCUGUAUCCCGCGUAAUACCCAGAGUGGCCGAGGAGAACUGUUCGCUGAUAGAGGUGGUGGAGGCCAUAAGACCACACCUGCAGCUCACAUUUGAGAACAUUCUGUCGCACAUAAACACCAUCUAUGUCCUCCAGACGAGACAGGGCGCCAUGAGCAGUCGACUUGAGCAACGUUUUCUGAGACUGAAGGGACAAAUGAUGUACAUACCGGAAACCGAUCGAAUUCUCUUCCAAUGCUAUCCCAGUGUAAUGAAUUUGGAUGACUUAACCAAGAAGGGCCUCUACAUUUCGGAUGUGCCACUUCACGAUGCGGCCAGAGAUUUGGUUCUGCUAUCUGAAAAAUUCGAGGCGGAAUACAAGUUGACCAAGAAUCUGGAAAUGCUGACGGAUAAGCUGCAGCAAACGUUUCGAGAUCUUGAAAGUGAGAAGCAGAAAACAGACAGGUUGCUUUACUCGGUGCUACCCAAGUCUGUGGCAAAUGAGUUACGACAUCAGCGUCCAGUGCCACCCAAACGCUACGACUCCGUAACGCUUAUGUUCUCCGGCAUUGUCGGCUUUGGGCAAUACUGUGCGGCCAACACGGAUCCCGAGGGCGCCAUGAAAAUUGUUAAAAUGCUUAACGAGCUCUACACGGUCUUCGAUGCCCUCACGGACUCCAAACGCAACCUGAACGUUUACAAAGUGGAAACUGUUGGCGAUAAGUAUAUGGCCGUGUCCGGUUUGCCAGACCAUUGUGAGGAUCAUGCCAAGUGUAUGGCGCGUGUUGCUCUGGAUAUGAUGGACAUGGCCAAGAACGUUAAAAUGGGCUCAGAUCCAGUGCAAAUCACCAUCGGCAUCCAUUCGGGCGAGGUUGUCACCGGCGUCAUUGGCAAUCGUGUGCCACGUUAUUGCCUCUUUGGCAACACGGUCAACCUAACGAGUCGCACGGAGACCACCGGUGUUCCCGGUCGCAUCAACAUCAGCGAGGAGACUUAUCGGCUGCUGUGCCAAGAGAUCAACCAGGACGAUUCAUUUCAUUUGGAGUACCGUGGCCCAGUCAUUAUGAAAGGCAAGCCAACGCCCAUGGACUGCUGGUUCCUGACACGUGCCACCAGUGUGGCAAAUGCCAGCGGUAAUGGCAGCCUCGAUUCGCCGCUGCUGCAGCCUACAACGCCAACAACCACACAGCGUCUGGCAAUGGGCAUGGGACAUGCCAGCGUCUCACGUACCUCCUCCGCGGGCGCCAGCACCAGCGUAGGUGGAGGAGCAACGGGCUCUAAGGCUGCCUAG